AUGAUGCUACAAUCAUUGAAAACCAGCAAACUAUCUCAGCAGACAUCUCAUCAUCAUCAUCAUCAUCAUCAUCAUCAAUAACAACAGCAACCUCUGUUAUUUCAAAAGAUAUAUGUGAAAAGUUAAAAAACGAUGAAUGUCAAAAAGAGUCAUCUAUUCUUAAUACAUGUGAGAAAAGUAAUCAAAAAUUGAAUGAAACAAAUACUGUUAUUAAUGGUAAGGUGUUGCGCGUACGAAUUGAUAAAAUACCAUUGCAGUCAACGACUCGUCGAACGAGAAGCUCUUAUUAUGACAAAACUAAAGCUCAUCCAAGUAUUCCUGGUUAUGAAAAAGCUAUUAAAUCUGAUAAAAUAAAUGGGCGUCGGAAAAAGUCAAAUAUAAAUAACUUCAAAGAGAAUGAUAAAAGUGAAAUGAAAAAAAUAAUUCCUGUAGAAAAAUAUAUUAAGAGUGAAAAUAUUGUCACAAGUAACUGCAUGCCUUCAUAUGAAGAAAAAGUAAAAAUAGUUGAAAUGGCACAAAAAAAUCCUACCUGGUCAUUAGAAAUGUUGCGAGAAAAUAGUGGAUUUAAAAAAGUAUUUUACCGGGCUCAUAUUAAUAAAUGGGCCGAUGAGUUAAAAUACGGAGGAUCUUGUCGCGAAAAAUUAAAAGCUAUUGAUCAUUAUGUAAUAAAAAAAUGUAUUGAGCACCAAAAAAAAAAAGUAAAAAUGUCAAACCAUCAUAUUCGUGAGUGGGGAUUCGAAGCAAUGAGUCAAAUGAACGCUGACAAUAUUAAUUUUACGGCAGGUAAAAGCUGGUUAGGAAGAUUUAAAAAAAGAUAUAAUAUCACAGGAAGUUACACGGAUUUAAAAAUUGAUAACAAAUUAUGUAAAAAUACAGAAACAUCUUUUUCAAAAAUCAUUGAGCCAAAAGUUAAUAUCGUCAAACUUGAACGUAAGAAUUCAAUUCGCAAACCUAAAACUACUAAAAAAACCCGUAAAGAGAAUUUAGAAAAUAAAAAAACUGAUCGUUUGAAAAUUGAAGUUAAGCAAGAAGAACCACAAGAAGAAGAUGAAAGCAAAGAAGACAACAAUUGGGUUUAUAAUAAAUGCAUUGAGUAUAAAAAAAAUAUAAAGGGAAUAACUAACAUAUUGUUCAAAAAAUGGCAACGAGACGAUGAAAUUGAGGUGAAACUAAAUGACAAAUCGCAAGUCAACACUAGAAGUUGGACCAGCUGGUUUAAUGGUUCAAAAUAAAAUUAACUGAUGAGCUAUUCUUGAAAUGAUGAAGUUAUUUAAAACUAGAUGUAAACACAGGUAUGUUUUAUCAAAAAUCAUGAAGCAGUUUUUAAUGUGACGAAAAAAUGAAUUAAUAAAAAAUGAAUGAAUUAAAAAUGAAAGUAUAAAUAGAAUUUGAGGUGUCUCACAUUCCUGAUAAAAUUGCUCUCUAUUAUAAUAAUUUAGUAUUAACUGAUAAUUAAAUACCAAUGGAGGUAAAAUUCUGAUCAUAAAACCAAUGAGCUUUUAUAAUUAAUUUAAAUGAAAUUGGUUAUCAAUUUUGUAGCUUGUAUAUUUAUUAGAUUUUUUUACAUUAUUAUUAUUGAAAAUAAUAAAGUACGUGAUUUCAGCAAUAUAAAAAAUACAUGAUAAACGAGUAAACUCGAAAAUUAUAAAAUUAUUGCAUGACAUAUUUUGUAAUGUAUAAAAUAAAAAAAAAAAAAGUAACUUAAAUAAAGAGUAAAAAAAAAAUAAUUCAUAUGAUUAUUACACUUGUUUUUUUUUUUACAUUUCGUUCAUAAAAAGUUAUAUCAAAAAUUAGUGAAAUAUAAGAAAAAGAAAAAAAUAAAAAAUAAGACAAUUCUAAUGAAUCGAUAACUUGAUUCGAUUCGCAUGAACAGGUGUUGCUUGUGUGUAAGAUUAGUUUUUCCACAAAAAAAAAAGAUAAUUUCGCAAAAUUAAACUUUGUAGAUUAUCUAAUCACUUAUAAAGCAAUGUCAAAAUUAUAAUUCAAAAUAGUUCUAUCGAAUAGAAUAAAUUUUAAAUGAAAAUGAA